AUGCCCUAUCUCAGGUUGAAGCAGCUAGUUGAAGUUGAAGGUACAGCUGCUCCUUCGAAGAUAUCCGCUUCGCUCCGAGAAACUGGGAAAGAUUGUAUCUUGAGGGGCACUGGGAACCCAAACAGCGCUGCUGUCUGCAUCCUGGAAACCCAUGCACCCAAUACAGAGACUACUGUGCGUGGCCUCGCGAGACUGGUUCAGGUUGGGCCGGAUUUUACAAUAGUUGACAUCAGUCUCAAGGGCCUCAUACCUGGGACUUACCAAGCGAGCAUACGACAAAACGGGGAUAUAUCUAGAGGUGCUGCUUCAACCGGUGGUGUGUGGGAAGAAGAGACGAUGGGUACUGAAGCUCGGGGCAAGCUUGGACAGAUUGAGGUUGGUAGUGAGGGAUCGGGCGGUAUUAUUAUUGAUGCUAGUAUUGCUGUUUGGGAGCUCAUUGGAAGAAGCAUGGUUCUCUCACCGAUCGCAGAACCUCCCAAUCGAAAUGACGAAGCAUCUCUCGUCGGCGUGAUAGCUCGAAGCGCAGGGAUGUGGGAAAAUGAUAAAGUUGUGUGUUCUUGCUCUGGCAAAACUGUCUGGGAGGAAAGAGUCGAGCAAAAGGAGAAAGGAAUGUUAUAA